GCCUGAUGAAAAGACGCACGCACGUGAUUUACUUCAGAGCGUAGGCCAUCGAUGGCGGAAAGGGGUAAGGACCAAAGAAGCCUGUUCAUAUUAACUGACUGGAGGGGAUCGAAAGCUGGAUAUCAUAAGAUGAAAAUACGUUAGAGACAACCAAAGCAAAAAUGGAGAAACCGGAUGGAUCUUGGGCUUGGGUUGUUGUUGUAGCUGCAUCGUGUAUCCGAAUCAUCGUGUAUGGCAACUCGUACACUUCCGGAAUCGUGUACUACGUCAUACUUGAUGUGUUUGAGAAGAGUAGGGCUGAGACGUCAUGGAUUGCGUCAGUGAUCACAGCAGCUACGUUUGCAACAUGUCCUAUAUCCGGCAUGCUGGUGAAUCGGUUUGGUAUGCGGAAGGUGGCACUUCUUGGGGGCAUCGUGGCGUCUUCUGGUCUCAUGGCAAGUUCCUUUGCCAAAAGCCUACCAAUCAUGACCAUGUGUUACGGCGUCGUUACAGGAGUGGGAUGCGGACUCACAUUUAUACCAGGUAGUGUUGCAGUCGCGAGAUAUUUCACAAAGCGGAGGAAUAUCGCAAUGGGCGUGGCAUCAGCAGGGGGAGGGAUCGGAUCAUUUGCGUUUCCGCCAAUCAUCAACUACCUAAAUGACGAAUAUGCUUGGCGGGGAAUGUUUAUGAUUUUAUCUGGAAUCUCCCUGAAUAUGUGCGUGUUUGCGUUACUCUACCGACCUGUGACGGCACCUAACAACAAUGAUGACGAGGUAUCCGACCAGGAGCAGCCAAUCACAGAAAAGAAAGAAUCACAAAGAAAGAAAAAUGAAUGGGCUUUUUUAAAACUAAUCGAUUUCUAUAUUCUCGGUUUAAACAACAUAUUGUUUCAAUUGGGGGCAACAAUAAUAUAUGGACAUUUAGGAGCGUGUGUUAUUCGUCAGCUCAAAUUUGACAAAGUAUUCGCCUCUCUGUUAUAUUCUAUCAUUGGAAUAACUAUUAUGAUUUUCAAAAUUUGCCAAGGAUUUGUGAUCCAAAAUCCAAGAUGGAAGAUGUUACAGCCCUAUCAGCAGUAUAUGUUGUGGUAUACAGUAGGGGGCUUAUCUGCCUUCAUAUUCCUGAUUAAAGAUUUAAACCAUGCAGGACUCGUGGUGUUUGCCCUACUGUUUGGAGCCAGCUAUGCCUCCUGUGGAGGUUCCCUUAUACCCGCCAUUCUUAUAGAAAUGUCAGGAGUUGAUCAGUUCACCUUGGCAUAUGGAAUCAUUUUAUUUGGACAAGCCAUUGGAAUGUUGUUUGGUCCCUUUAUUGCAGGUCUACUUUUUGAUACGUUGAGGGCGUAUGACGCCGCGUUCGUUUUGGCGGGAGUGUUGAUGAUACUCAGUGCCGGAAUAAUGAUAUUUCCCUGUCGGAACUACAAAGCAACAGACACAAAGACAGACGUCACUUUCGUUGUCGCAUAUGAUCAGCAGUCAGAUGAUGUCGAGACUGCCAUUAACGAUGUUAAUGAGGAAGGCGAAUUGAUUGGUGCAACCAAUGGUCCAAUGAAAUCUACUCUUACACAACGAAAUGGUGUGGUAGCUGAAAUAGAUAAGGCGGAGGUAGAGAAUUUGAUAGAAUCUACAUCAUAGUUCAAAGAUUCUUCCUGAAAGGAUAAACUUCUUAAUGAAGUUUGGAAAUAUCGAAACAUUAGCAAAGUUACAUGAUUUUGUUUCAUAUCAAUGCAACCUUAAUAUCAUAGUUAAAAUUAAACUAUCUUUUUAGUAUCUAAAUUGUAUCAUGCUGUUUAACAGAAUCCUCUACAUUUGUCAAUAUCUUUAUCAUUAUUUUGUAUUCUGAGGAUUAUAAUGCAGAUAUAGCAUUUCAAACAAUUAUCAAUUUUGAAUGAAGUCGGCCAUUUUUCAUUGAAAAGUCCUUGAUGUAUUUGAUAUAUAUAUUCAUUGGCAUUCAAUGGAAUAGGCUAUUACGGAAAGUGUAAUAAUUAAAAUGAUAUAUUGUUGUUACCAAACUGUUGAUGCUAACGUAUGACUUUAUAGAUUAAGUGGAUUCCUGGCUGUAGUGAUAGUCGUUUAUUCUAAAUUACAAGUCGUUUAUUCUAAAUUACAAGAUAAAAUCUAAUACACACUUUGAAAUCAGUCUUGAUGUAGCGGCUAAACCGCAAAGUAAUUGCAGAGAAGUCUCAAUGUUGAUGCUAUUGUAUUUGGCUUAUGGUUCUGUAAUUUUGUAGUUCCCUUUUUGCAUUCCAAGUACAUUUGUACACGGGUUUAAGUAACAGUACUAUCAGAAUAAUAACUUUAUUGAGUAAUCUAUGCAGAUAAAGAACAGAAGAAUUACCAAGGUGAUCAUCUGUAAAGAAAAUGCUAAAAGUGCUUUUACUUUAUUUAUUGUAUUGUACUAGAAAUUUACAUUUAAUAUUUUUGUGUAACCAUUAUUCUGACUGGGCACAUUGAUAUAAUUCAUGCAGAGUCUAUUGACGGUUAUUAAUGCAAAGUCUAUUGACUGUAAAUAAGACCUAGUUUAUGAAAGAUUUCUUAAUCAGUGUAUAUUUUUGUUCACAAUUUAUAAUUUUUAAUGUUGUUUUAAGAUAAGGUAAAUUACGGAUAGACGAUGUUUUUGAUAUAUAAUCACGAUUUGCCGAAUGUAAGUCAUUGAUGCUGAUUUCUCUCUGACAAAAUGACUAUUAUACGUUUCCUUAAUUGAGGUACGCAGUGAAACUAAUCCACUUGACUUAUUAUACAGGCAAAGGUUGUUAUUUUUGAUUUUUUUUGUGAGCUGAAUUACAUCGCAGAAAAUGAACACACUGAUAUUGAAAUUGAUCAAAAACAUUUUUUCAGAAACACUUUCCCUGUUUCAAAAUUCGCGAAAAAAACGUUUACGGUAUAGCAAUGGAAAGGACGUUUGAAGUGCACCUGCUUGUUGUAAUGAUAUAACAUUGCACACAGUGUAAGACCCUUGACACAUCCACCAUGUAUUGGCGUUUUUACACAUUGAUUCAGUCAGAACAUAUUUUAUGUAGCCAUUCAUACAUAUUCUUCUUUAAAAGUCCUCAGUUUUAUAUACGUUCUGAUAAGUUCACCAUAUGGACACAUUGUUAAUAUAUGUUGUAGUGGUGAUAUAUAUUGUAAUCUACAUCAUUUAUAAGACUCACGAGGGCUCUAAAGGACAAUUUUACUAAGUAUAUUUGUAGUGGCAGCUGUUUUCAUGAAUGCAGUUAAGAUAUUGUUAUGGAGAAACAAUUUUUCUUUUGUUUCCAUUUGAUAUUUAAUUUGUGAAACUAACAAGGUAUCUUUAUUUCUCUCUUAAUUAGACAAAUCUCCUUAGAAGUCUGCUUUCUUUAUGAAGUAUGUCUUAUCCUGACAUUGUUAAGAUAAAAUAUGCUUACGUUAAAUUAGGGGCCUAUGUCUUAUGCUGUCUAUCUUAAGAAAAAAUCUGCUUUCGUUAAAUUAUGUCUUAUCCUGUCUAUCUUAAGAUAAAAUCUGCUUUCGUUAUGAAGUAUGUCUUAACCUGACUUUGUUAUGAUAAAAUCUGCUUUCUUCAUGAAGUAUAACUUAUUCUGACUAAAAAAUAAAAUCUGCUUUCUUCAUGAAGUAUAACUUAUCCUGACUACGAAAUAAAAUGUUGUCUUUAUGAAGUAUACCAUAUAAUUUAAUUACGAUAAUUAGUACACUUAUCUCUGACUCGGAUUAUUUGUUUUUAUCCAGUUUUUCUAUGAAAUACUUGUUUGGUGUUCAUUGUUGGCGCUAUAACACCUGCACGUUUUUCUAAUGCAAUAUUUCUUCACUGUCUUGCCAUAGAGAUCCCUCGUACAUAAACUUCUUUAUUUUAUUUUCAUGUAUACAAAUUCAACGGUAUGUCCUAAAUGUAUGAUUUAAGGACUGAGAGAACGGUGUUGCGCGAUUACGUGUUCAAUGCAUGUCUUUCCGUUUUGAUAGACCGAGCUAAGAAUCGAGUGUUAAAGGGUCUCCAUACCGAUAUGUUUUACGUUUGAACAGUCUCAAUUCCUCAUCUUACCACAAGUAAACAAAAGUAACGUAAACACCACAUUUGCAUACAAGUUCUGCUAAUGUAAGUUGGUGGAGACACCUCUAAUGAAUCGAUGAGGGUCGUGAUUAUUCCUGCAAUAAUCGCUCGUACUCUAAAUCUUAACCAGGUAUGAAGCCUGUUAGAUGAAAUUGAACUUGAUAAUCUGUCUGUAUUCCAUAUGCUGUCUUAUCAUAAUGUUAGCUCAUAUUGAGCGGACAGGAUAGUUCUUUUCGAACUCUAUAUAAUAUAUUUUACAAACAUUUUUUUAUAUACGUUUACCUUACUGAUAUAACUAUAUCGAUAUAGAUGUAUAUGUGUGUGUAAGAAUGAGGUGAUGUAGUAGUGAAUGUAGUUUGCAUGGGCGACAAAGAUUGUUAUUAUUUCAGAAAUUCGUUACUUCUGCUGAUUAAAGUACAGACCUUGUAUGAGUGGGUAAGGAAAUACACAUUUUAACUCACCUAAGGUGAUGACUACUGAACUAAUGCAAUGGCGCAUCAUCCGUCGUGCUUGUGCGUUAAUCUUUCUGUCGAGAUAUCGAUUAAACCUGCUUGAAAUGAUUAGUUUAAGAUCCUGACCAGAUAUUUGAAUAUUUGAGUGGAAAAUAAAAUUUGAAAUUAUCA